CCCUUUGGCACUUUUUCUUGGAGUUGAAUGCUCUGUCUCUUGAUCUCUGGAGUUAGUGUCUUUGCGCACACUCGCUGCACUCACCGCUAGCUGGGGCUUCUGCCAGCAGACAGGAGCAUAUGUGGCACAUGGUGCACUCCACACCAGUGUCAGCAUGGAGGAACUUUCCAUGAACUCAGGACCAGACGGCUUUACCAGUGAAGGGAAAAACUGAAAAGUGAGAAGUGUUGGUGAGAAGCCUGUGUGAUUGUUUACACAACCACAUGAAGACUGACUUGGGCUGUACCACUGUCCUCAAGGACUUGUUUCAUAGUAGAAAUCCACCAUUGUGAAGCACUGCUUAGGAAAGUGCUCCAGCAUCACUUCUCGUCACAUCAGCACACUGCUCUCCUGUUCAGGGAGCACAAGUUCCCUGCUGGAGGAGAAGAAGGAAAAUAAACAAGAAAGAAAAAAGAUCUUCAUGAGUGCCAGGAAAUCCUGAGAGUUAAACAACACAUUGAGACGCAAGAAGCAAAAUGACUUCUUUCUCUCUCCUGGCCAGUGGCCUGUUCCUGCUCCAUCUUCUCCUGGUUGGAUUGGGUCAAGCAACAGAGGACGACGUCACACCACGCCUCAGAUUCUCUUACAAUGCAAAUGAGAGGUCAUCCAAGAGAUUUUCACCCAAUGGAGUCUUCAAUUACACCUCUCUGCUCCUCAGUAAAGAGGAUAACAUGCUGUAUGUUGGCGCUCGAGAGACUCUUUUCGCACUCAAUAUCACCGAUAUCAGCAGAACGCAGCAGCAGCGCAAUUUAACAUGGCACACACCACAGAGGAAGAGAGACGAGUGCAGUUUCAAAGGAAAAGACUUACAGACUGAUUGCUUCAAUUACGUCAAGAUUUUACUGCGUUUGAACAGCACUCAUCUCUAUGUGUGUGGAACAUAUGCCUUCAGCCCUAUCUGUGCAUACAUUAAUACAUCAGAUUUUUCCCUGGUGCAAAGUGAAACGGGAGAGAUAGUCACAGAAGAUGGUCGAAGCCGUUGCCCAUUCAACCCUGAAUACAAGUCUACCGCUAUCAUGGCAGAUGGUGAGCUGUAUGCCGGCACAGUCAGUAACUUUCAAGGAAAUGAACCCAUCAUUUACAAAAGCCUUGGCCAGGGCACAGCCUUAAAGACCGAAAACUCACUGAACUGGCUUCAUGACCCAGCUUUUGUGGGAUCAGCCUACAUUCAGGAGAGUUUGCCCAAAGGCAAUGCAGUGGGCGAUGAUGAUAAGAUUUAUUUCUUCUUCAGUGAAGCGGGAAAGGAGUUUGAUUUCUUUGACAAUACCAUUGUGUCACGCAUCGCUCGUGUCUGUAAGGGUGAUAAAGGUGGAGAGAGGGUACUUCAGAAGAAAUGGACAACCUUUCUGAAAGCCCAGCUCCUCUGUUCGCUUCCUGAUGAUGGCUUUCCCUUCAACAUCAUCCAGGACAUGUUUGUUCUGACCCCUAGCAAAGAAGACUGGAAAGAUACUGUGUUUUAUGGGGUCUUUACCUCUCAGUGGUACAAAGGUGCUUCAGGUAGUUCAGCUGUAUGUGCAUUCACCAUGGACCAGGUUGAAGAGGCGUUUAAUGGCCGUUACCGGGAAGUUAAUCGGGAGACGCAGCAGUGGUACACCUACAACCACCCAGUACCAGAACCAAGACCUGGAGCGUGCAUCACCAAUUCUGUCCGUGCCCAAAGGAUCUCCUCUUCCUUGCACAUGCCUGAUAAAGUGCUGAACUUUGUGAAGGACCACUUCCUCAUGGAUAGCGUGAUUCGCAGCCAGCCUCUGAUGCUCAAACGUAAUGUGCGCUACACACAGCUUGCUGUCCACCGGGUGCAGGCUCUCCACAAGACCUACGAUGUGCUUUUCAUCGGCACAGAUGAUGGCAGAAUUCACAAAGCCAUCAACGUUAAGAACAAGAUGCACAUCAUUGAGGAGCUGGAGGUUUUCCCUGAGCCUCAGCCCAUACAACACAUUGAACUGGAUGAUGAGAAGGGUCUGUUGUUUGUGUCCAGCUAUUCUGGUUUGGUUGAAAUUCCUUUAGCCAACUGCUCCAACUACCAAAGCUGUGAAGAGUGUGUGCUGUCUAGAGAUCCUUACUGUGUCUGGACAGGGAAGCAGUGUUCAAAUUUCAGACAUGCUCCACCCAAGAGUCAAUGGCAACAAGAUAUAGAUGACGCCAACACUGCCGUGUGUAAAUUGGCAAUGCCUAGCCCACGUUCUGCAAGAAUAUCUCCACCACGUUUGCAAUCAUGUCAAGUGAUACAAAUUCCAGCCAACACAUUUACAGUUCUACCUUGUAAGCUGCGUUCCAACUUAGCCGAGAGGCGAUGGGCAUACAGCAAUACCGUAGAGCGAUUUGUCUUUCCAAAUCCUGAAGGGGGGCUAGUGGUGGUCGCCCAAAUGGACAGGGAGGAAAUCUAUGAAUGCUGGUCUGAAGAAGAAGGAUACAGACAACUUCAGGCCAAUUACUGCGUUAAAGCUGAGCCUGAAAGCACCACCCUGAUUGGACGUUCCCGGACACAAUUAGUGCCACAGGGGGAGGCUAUUAUCCUACCUGGAGAAACAUGGUCACCGCAGAAAACCAAAACUUACUGGAAUGAACUGAUUGUGGUGUGUGCCUUACUUGUCUUCUCCCUGGUGGUCCUUUCUCUGUUUGUGGCUUACCGGAACCGAGACCGGAUGAAGUCUGUGUUAAAGGAAGGUGAGUGCCCCAACAAAAUGAGUGCCAUGCAACAAAAGAAACCACGGAUUCCUGGAAAGCAUACGGAGAGCCUUCCAUUAAAUGGCAACAAUAUUCCGCCCUCUGUGUCUGACCACAAGGGCUACCAGACGCUAAAUGAUAACUACAUCUGCAGUACACCCACCCAUGAAUGCUCCUCUCCCGAGAACAGUAAGAGCUUUUCCGAAUCUGAGAAGAGACCACUGAACUUAAAGGAGAGCCAUGUGGAGAUCUCGCCGACGUGCCCGCGGCCUCGAGUGCGACUGGGCUCGGAGAUCAAAGACUCGAUUGUUUAAGUCUAGAAAGAUGGCGGUGAAGCCGUGGUUUGGAAGGACUGUUAAUACUAGUGGCCUCAGACUGAACAGCACCAAGUGAGGGACAGACAGAAAUAACUGGAAACAUACCAUCACUGGGUUUUAUUUUGCACUUUGUCCUCUCAUUUUGUCUUGGUGAUCUGUUCACAUUUCUCAGUCACUGCCAAGUCUGUGAAGCACUCAGAGCCGCAACGAGUGGCACGCAAGGCCUUUGUAGCUAUGCUAGAGUAAACUUAUGAUGGGCAUUGAGUGACAUUAAUCCAGUGGUCCAACAUGUACCUGCCCAGUCCGUCCUAAUUGCCCGGUGGCAUCUGUUUGAAAGCAAUAUGAUGCCCUUAGGGUUCAAUAACCUGUCAUGCUCCCAUCUCCCAUCCCUGAAUCUGCCAUUUAGAGUUGGUUGUCCUGCAAAUGGAACCAGCAAUAGUUGAACAACAAGAAACAAAUUCAAACUUUAGUCUAUAACAGAAUCGACUAGGAUUCUCUGCUGAAUAUAGUGCCUGACAUCAGAUGAUUAGCUUACAUUUAAUCAUUAAGUGGUACAUCAAGAGCUUUGAAAAGCCAGAUGAUAUAUGCAAAAACCUUUAUGCGGUAUAUCAUCAUGACCUCAGCACAUAGCAGGCAUACUAUGCAAAUCACAUAGAGGAAACUGAAUGGAGAAGCAUCAUGUAGAGAGCUAACUAACAGUACACAGCUGUCCUAGUACAAUAAUUGAUGCCACGUUCUCAGUAUUCUACACAGGUUCUCAGAGAUACACAUGUUAAAUAAAGUAUGCAAGUGAGAUUGAGGCACAUUCCCAUAAUAGAUGAACCCACAGUGGGUUUUCAGUAUGUAGGACUCCAAAGAAGGCACAUUAGCAAUACUAUAAGUAUAUCCAAGGAACAAACUAUGUUCUGAACAUGAAACAACAAAAUUUGAAUGCCGUGUCUAUAGGAAAGUCUCUAUGCCUAUACCACCAAAAUAUGUACAACCAAAAUCAGUAGUUAACAGGUCAGUAAAAUAGAGUAGACCUUCUAUGUAAUAGAAGUCAAUUGAAGUGACCAAAAGUAUCUUGAGAUUGUUUACUGAUCCAAAUUGGUCAUCUGAUGUGCCAAAAGAUUUGUAUCCCAAAAUUGUAUUUCUCUCUGAGUAAAAAUAGAAAUGUUGCCAUGAUGUUAGCUCAAACAUUCUAAAUUCUAAUAAUGUAUUUGCAUUUGGACAGAAUGGAAAUGUUCCUGUCCUUGCUGUAUGCAAAUGCAUACAGUUUUGCGGUUAAGGCUUUACAUGCCCAUUUAAAGCUAAGUUAUAAGAUCUAUGCUCUGGAAACAUGUAGAGCAACCAGCAGAUUAUUAUUUAUUUAUUUAUUUAUUUUUUUCAUGAAAAAGUGCCAUUUUCACUGUAACACCUUAAGGCAAAGGCAGGCUAACAUAAGUGUUUGGGUGGGAGCAAUGACAAUAGGUACAUGAAAUAGUCCAUUAUAGUUAGUCAGCUGCCAAAAGAGUUGUAGUGUGUUAAUUUCAAAUUGGAUUGGACAUGUUGCUAUAAAAGAAUACUUGGUUGCUAUGAAGCAAUGAGGAUGGAAACAGGACACACAAAUAUGUAAGUUAAUAUUGCAUAGCAUCAACAUUAGGAUCCAUGUAAAAAUGUAUAGUUAAGUUCCAGUAUCAUCUAUUAAGAGUUUUACCACACAGAAAAAUCCCAAAGACAAGCAUUGUAUAUUGCACCACCCAAGUGUGUAAUAUAUAUAUAUAUAUGAUUUAAUAGAUAUUGAUCUUCAAAGAUUGUGCAGACAUUUGUGUUGUGAAUGUAGUUACUUAUUGAUUGAAAAAAUAUUCUUUCAACUGAAACAUUGUGUCUUAUUUAAAUUUAUCAUAAAUGUUUGAAAGAGGGACGUUUACUUUUACAUGCUCUGACAAAGUAGCUGUGCAUUGGCAAUGCUGCUGAUGGACUAUGACUUUGACCACAAAGUUGUAUAAUUAUAUUGUGUCUUUAAGGGGAGGUAUUCAAAAGCUUUUAAAGGGUUAGUUCAUCCAAAAAUGAAAGUUCUCUCAUCAUUUACUCACUGUCAUACCGUCCCAGAUGUGUAUGGCUUUCUUUCUUCUACUGAACACAAAGAUUUUUAGAAAAAUAUUGCAGCUCUGUAGGUCCAUACAAUACAAGUAAAUGGUGGCCAGAAUUUUGAACAUCCAAAAACACAAAGGCAGCAUAAAAGUAAUCCAUAAGGCUCCAGGGGUUAAAUCCAUAUCUUCAGAAGCGAUAUGAUGGGUGUGGGUUAGAAACAGAUCAGUAUUUAAGUCCUUUUUUACUAUAAAUCUCCACUUUCACUUCCACAGUCGUCUUCUUUUCUUUUUGGUGAUUUGCAUUCGUUGUUCAUAUCGCCACCUACUGGGCAGGAAGGAGAAUGUAUAGGAUAUGGAGUCAUAUGGAUUGCUUGUAUGCUGCCUUUGUAUGCUUUUUGAAACUUCAAUAUUCUGACCACAAUUCACUUGCAUUGUAUGGACCUACAGAGCUGAGAUAUUCUUCUAAAAAUAUGUUUUUGUGUUCAGCAGAAGAAAGAAACUCAUAAACAUCAGGGAGGGCUUGAGGGUAAGGAAAUUGUGAUGAGAAUUUUCAUUUUUGGGUGAACUUUCCCUUUAAUGUUAUAUUUGGAUUGGAUGAAACAGGCAGCAUAUUGCUGCUUUUUUUACCAGAAUGCUUUUUUUUAAUUUUUUUGCACAGAAUGUGGGAAAGGUUUAAAUGAAAGGUUCUGGGAAUUAAUGUUCUAUCGACAAUUCUGUAGUUAGAUGGUUUUUAUAAAUGCUUCCAAGCAAUAUUUUGUGAGUCUAAGGUUGUGUGGAAAAACAAAUGUAAUCGUGUAGCCUUUUUCGUGAAUCAAACACAUGUGAACAGAAAGCAAACCUCACAUGCAUGUCCGCUCUGGUGGACUACACAGUAGAAUUACCUAUUUCCUUGUAAAGUCGCAAACCACUGUAUAUUGAAUGGUCAUCUCUGCAACAGUCCACUGCAAGGGUAUGUCUCCACUGUGCUAAUAUCUACAGAUGUCCGCUAAUAUCACAUUUAUCACACACACAGAGAACACUUACACUUACUGAAUAUGUUUAAAGCACAAAAAAUAAAUACAUUAUGUAUUUGUAAAAAUUAUAGAACUGUUUUACAUAUUCUCUGACCUCUGUUUGAAAAUCACUUUCACAAUUUCAGGCAAAAAUUAUUUAAAUUGUAAGUAAAUUUACUCAUCCUUUUCAGUAACUCAUCUGAUUAUUAUCAUUAGCACUGUACAUCAGCUGCUACCUGCAAACGGUAGAUUUGUCACAUAUAGAUCAUAUACAUUUCUCUCUUUGACUCAGUGCUGAACUGACUCAGACAUAAGUUAUUGGACUUAGUCUGCUAUACUCUUAAACGCUCAGAUACAUUCUUUAUAAUGGCGCAUCAAGAUGCUCUGGCCUAAUGUCUUGUAAACUUUAAUGUAAAGGUGUAUUUGUACAUUUUGCUGCCAAUGUAAAGAAAAAGAAACCUGUUGUGAAAUGUAUUUUUUGUAUUAUACAUCACUACUGUUUUUGUUGUUUUUAUUAUAUUGUACAUAAAAGCACUUUAAUUUAAUUUUUUUAAAUAAAAUAAAUAA